AGAAGAGGGAGCUGCGAGCUUUAAAACCCUGCCACCAAGCAGCCAGCUGCCCACUUGCACCGUGCUAUGCCAUCCCAGACAAACAUCUCCUAGAGCAUCUGUAGGGCAGUGUGACUCACUGAGCCAAGGGCAUAAUCCGUGGGGAUGCAGCUGGACCUCAGUGCUGGGGGACAGUAUCUCACUGCUGCCGAUCAGGAAUACUAAUCCACAGUCAGCCUGUCCUUUUCCACACUCCACUGAUGGGGUGAACUCAUAAUCCUCAGAGGUGAGCAGGUUAUCCUUGGAAGGGAUUGCCCUGCUGUGGAGCAACUGAACCUGUGGGCAUCACAUCUGGCCAGUUUCCCUGGAGAGGCUUGGGGAAGUAGGUAUUGCUUUCCCAGCCUGCCCCAGGUCCAGAGGAUGGCAUAGCAAUGACGUCACUGUCCAGGGAGCUGGAGUCCUUCCUCGUCUGUUUGCAUGCUGCUUGAACUGAUCCCAAGCCUUUGUUUUUGGACUGAAGAAACCUGAAAACCUUUCUCUCCUAAUUCAUGAGCCAGCAGGAUGUGGUCGCCGUGCUUUCAGAACGCCUGCUUGUAGCCGCCUACAAAGGCCAAGUGGAGAAUGUGGUGCAGCUUAUCAACAGGGGUGCCAAGGUAGCGGUUACCAAGCAUGGCCGGACCCCCCUGCAUCUUGCUGCCCACAAGGGUCAUCUCCAUGUUGUCCAGAUUUUGUUGAAGGCAGGUUGUGACCUGGAUAUUCAGGAUGAUGGUGAUCAGACGGCAUUGCACCGAGCUGCUGUGGUAGGGAACACCGAUAUCAUAGCAACUCUGAUUCAAGAGGGGUGUGCUUUGGACAGACAAGACAAGGAUGGGAACACUGCUCUUCAUGAAGCUUGUUGGCAUGGAUUCAGUCAGUCUGCCAAAGUGCUUGUUAAAGCAGGAGCCAACGUUCUUGCCAAGAACAAGGCAGGUAAUACACCUCUUCACCUGGCUUGCCAGAAUAGCCAUUCCCAGAGUACUCGUGUUUUGUUACUUGGAGGAUCUCGAGCAGACCUCAAAAAUAAUGCAGGAGAUACCUGUCUGCAUGUGGCUGCUCGUUAUAAUCACUUGCCCAUCAUUAGGGUGCUGCUCAGUGCUUUCUGUUCUGUCCAUGAAAAGAACCAGGCAGGGGAUACGGCGCUCCAUGUAGCUGCUGCUCUAAAUCACAAGAAGGUGGUGAAGCUGUUGCUGGAGGCAGGGGCUGAUGCAUCCGUUGUCAACAACGCAGGUCAGACCCCUCUAGAGGUUGCUAGACAGCACAAUAACCCCGAGGUUGCACUCCUCCUCACUAAAGCAUCACAGGUAUCGCGUUUUAACCGUGGGAGAAGCCUGAGGAAGAAGAGAGAGAGACUGAAGGAGGAAAGGCGAGCUCAGUCAGUGCCACGGGAUGAAGUGGCACAGAGCAAGCAGGGCAGCAUCUCAGCUGCUGACACACCAAGCAGUGACCAGCCCCGGGAGAGGAAGAACAAUCUGAAGGAUGAACCCCGGUCAACCUCACCAGAUCCCAAAGGGAAGAAGAGCAAAAAGAAAAAGCCAAAGGAAAAGGUUUCAGCACUCUCGGACCCCAUCUCCCCAUCUGAUCAGCAGACACUCCCUCAGCCCCAGCAAAACGUGCCUAAGCGCAGAAGCAAACAUCACUGCUCCUCCCCACCCCCUCCCCAUGAGGUCCGAGCCUACCAGCUCUACACACUGUACCGAGGAAAGGACGGGAAGGUGAUGCAGGCACCAAUAAAUGGAUGUCGUUGUGAGCCCCUGAUAAAUAAACUGGAGAAUCAGCUGGAGGCAACAGUGGAAGAGAUAAAAGCUGAGUUUGGGACAGUACAAGAUAAGAUGAAUAUUAAGCUGGGCCAGAUGGAAAGCAAAACUCAACAUCAACUCCGUGUUUUAGACAAGCUUAUGGCUGAGCGGCUGUCUGCAGAGAGAACAGAGUGCCUUCACCGCCUGCAGCAGCACACUGAGCUGGAAAAGAAUGAGGGGGAGAAGCGGCAGAUUUCCUUGGUCGAUGAGCUGAAGACUUGGUGCUUGUUGAAGAUUCAGAAUCUGGAGCUCAAGCUUUCUGGAGAUUCAAGGUCAUCAAGACCAAAAUCAACUUUGUCCACUUGUGAGUCUCUCGCUGAGACCCUGGAUACUGACAACAACCCCCACAGUGCCAAGGACUGUAAAGCCAACCAGCCUGUGCUGCAGUCAGAGGGCUCCCACCAGCAUUCCUAUACCACACUUCCAAAUAGCUUCUUGGAAGAUGGGGGAAGGAGCAGAGUCCAGAUGCCAGAACAGAGCUUUGGGAAACACUUUUGCAUUAAACAAGAUGGUGCAUCAGGUACAACCAUGCCAGGUAUAGAGCAACAGUCAAUGGCUGGUGGACCAGUUUCUUCUUCUGCCCCUGCUCAAGAUGUCAGGCCAAAGGACAAAGGUGUAAGUGCCAGCACGUUCCAAAGGUUCCAGCAGGAGCUGCCCUCCUCUGAGCUUUUGGGCUCCAAAUUAAGACACGUUAAGGUUCAUGCUGCUUUGCAGCCAUUGACUGAACCUGCAAAGACUGAACCACAAAGUGGAUACUUCAUCGACAAAGGAACUCAGACAAAAAAGUCCAGCAAAAGUGGGCAGUCAAGGCACAAAGCUCUGCACCACACCGGGGCACACCAGAGCCAGGAGCAGCAGCCCUGCCCCCUGCCUGCAGGACAGCCACCUGCCCCUCCCCUCAGAGACACCUCCCAGGCCCUGGAGAUAACACAGUACUUCUUCGAGGCCGUUUCCACACAGAUGGAGAAGUGGUACGAGCGGAAGAUAGAAGAAGCCCGGUGCCAAGCAAACCAGAGAGCGCAACAGGACAAAGCUGCACUCAAGGAGCACAUUAAAUGCUUAGAAGAGCAGCUCAGCAAAUUAAGGACUAAGGUGCAGAAAGACAGCUAGCAACAGGACACAUCUUGGAACCUGCUGUAUGGGAAUCUGGAAUAUUGAUAGAUGUUUGUAGUGCCUGUUACAUCCAAACAAAACACUCUUUUUCAGGAGUAGAAAUAACUCUGGAAACUCCAUAACUGAGGAGAAUUCAUAUGCAGACUAUACCGAUAACAAUGAGAUGCUGCAGAUUAGAUCCUUUCUUUGUUAUUUCCAAGAGUCUGUUAAUAUUGCACUCUCGUUUUCCAGAUGCUGCUUGAAAACAAAUGCAUUAGCAACCAAAACUGCUUUCCGAAAAGGGAAUUCCCUUAUUUCCACAUAGGUCAUGUGUGGCUAGAGGGUUCCACUGUAUGCUACAUGUAAACACGUGGUCAUACCAUUACUGAAAUAAAUCCAGGAUGUUUGAGAGCUUUUGACAGAAUUCCUUAGUGAUGAAGGGCUAUUGAUCCUAUUUUAGAUACUCCCCAGGGCCUGUCUCUAGUCAAUGAAGAAAAGCUACAGAACCCACUCCAAUUACAAGCCCAGGUAGGUGACAGAUGUAGGCUUCCAGCUGGAAAAGGGCAGGCAAACAUGGAUGGAGAUGCUAAGGCAACUCAUCCCAUUAGGGACAGAGGCUUUGGCUGCCAUUUUGCCUUAUUCUUGGUUUUACGUUAUUAAAAUGAAUGCUGAAUCAGAUUUAUCGUCUUUUAAAUGGUGUCCUGGUUGCAGAGCUCAUUGUGGUUACAAUUGUUGGGGCUGUACUCCUGUAAUUUGACAGAGAAGUUUUGUUUAAGGCCUGGAUAGCAAAUAUUUUAUUGUAACCAUGGUCUACUUGUUAGGUGUAAGUUUUAUAUAAAUCUCUUUUCCUUCAAGCAGCAAAUGGCUGAAUUCUCAACUGUUGAAGAAGCUUGAAAAAGUCUUUUAUUUAAAGAAGUGAAAGCUUGGUUCCCCUGUACUCCAAUAUUUCUUUUUCUGCAGUUAGGAUGUUCUCCCAGACACUUUGUCUGGACUGUCUACCUUUGUUCCUCUGAAUAACUCCUCUGUUUUUUUUCCUUUAUCUCUAAAAAGGAGACCAGGCCCUGGUGAGUUUGAAGGUCUUAGGACAAAGUCCCACAAAACAGAACUUAACAGCAUUUUCAAGUUUUUUAUCUAUGCCUGUUGUUAUACAAUGAAAAUUACAUUGACCAGUGUUGUCCACACUGACAGACUCCAAAUGAUCUAAAGGCACUGUAACUCAUUGCCUUUAGGGUUUCCUCCUUAUACCUCUAAGAAGGCUCCAUCAGAUUCUGUUAGGAAAGUAAGUUUACUUACCAGAUCAUGAUUGAACUGAUUUCUAACACAGUAUGGUUACUGCCAAGGAGAAAAAUAGUUUUGUACUGGGGAGCCCUAAAAUCAAUACAAAAUACUUUAUACACCAUUGAAGACACCACUGACUAAUUAGUAAUUAAGCUUUUGUCUUCUUAGCAGAUGUAUAAAGAAAGUUGUAUCAUAUAACAAUAUUUUUUAAAGUUCCUAUUAAUGCACUGUCAAGACAAAUGUAUCUGCAUCUAUGGAAAUACUAGUUUUGUUGCUCUGACUUCUGUAGUCUAAUAUAGACACUUUCUUAUGUUUACAGUUUUGUUUAAGCUAUGUAGGAAUGCAGAAGCAUGCAAUUGAAGUUUUGUAUCAUCUGGAUAAAGUUAAUGUUUUGCCAAGCAAUUAAAGUAAGUGUUGCUCAGA